AUGAGUGACGCCCAGGCGACCGAGGCUGAGAAAAAUAUCGAGAUAUGGAAAGUCAAGAAACUCAUCAAGCGCCUUGAGGCCGCGCGAGGAAAUGGCACCAGCAUGAUCUCUCUAAUCAUCCCUCCCAAGGAUCAGAUUUCCCGCGCUGCAAAGAUGUUGGCCGAAGAAUACGGUACCGCCUCGAACAUCAAGUCUCGUGUCAACCGACAGUCUGUGCUUUCCGCCAUCACCUCCACCCAACAGCGACUCAAGCUAUAUAACAAGGUCCCUCCCAAUGGUCUUGUCGUAUACUGUGGUGAAAUCUUGACUUCGGAAGGCAAGGAGCGAAAGGUCAACAUCGACUUUGAACCCUUCAAGCCCAUCAACACCUCGUUGUACCUCUGCGACAAUAAAUUCCACACUGAAGCUUUGGCUGAGCUGUUGGAAUCCGACCAGAAGUUUGGUUUUAUCGUCAUGGAUGGUAAUGGUGCUCUGUUUGGUACGCUCAGCGGAAAUACUCGUGAUGUCAUUCAUAAGUUCUCCGUUGAUCUUCCCAAGAAGCACGGCCGUGGUGGACAGUCUGCUCUUCGUUUCGCCCGUCUUAGAGAAGAGAAGCGACACAACUACGUCCGUAAAGUAGCUGAGUUGGCUGUUCAGAAUUUUAUCACGAACGACAAAGUCAACGUUGCAGGUAUUAUCCUUGCUGGUUCGGCCGACUUCAAAAACGACCUUAAUGCCUCUGACAUGUUCGACAACCGGCUACAGAGCAAGGUUAUCAAGGUUGUUGACGUGUCGUAUGGUGGCGAGAACGGUUUUAACCAGGCUAUCGAGUUGUCUUCCGAGACUCUAGGAAAUGUCAAGUUUAUCCAAGAGAAGAAGCUCAUCGGCAAGUACUUUGAGGAGAUCAGUCAAGACACCGGCAAGGUCUGCUAUGGCAUUGAGGACACGCUCAAGGCGUUGGAGCUCGGCGCGGUGGAGACAUUGAUCGUCUUCGAAAACCUCGAGAUCACACGAUGGGUCCUAAAGGAUAGCAACGGUGCUGAAGUCAUUCUCCACACUACUAAGCAGCAAGAGACUGGUGAUAGAUCCAAGUUCAUGGACAAGGAAACUGGACAAGAGAUGGAAGUCGUUGCGCAGGACUCUUUCCUCGAGUGGAUUGCAGAGCACUACAAAGAUUUCGGAACUAACCUGGAGUUCGUAUCGGAUAGGUCGACUGAAGGUAACCAAUUCGUGAAGGGAUUCGGUGGUGUCGGAGGUAUUCUCCGCUAUAAGGUGAACUUCGAGCAGUUAGCCGAAUUUGAGGAAUCCCUCGUUUUUGACGAGGGGCAAGCUCAAGCUGUCCCAUCUAAGCAGGUACCCGUCAUAGAAGCAUCGGAGCGUCCGCUGCCGCAACCACCUGCGUCGGCGCGAAAAUCAAAGGCGAUUUCGUUCGCGCAGCGACGCCUAGCGAAAACGGGCCCCGCAAAUUCGGAGCACACGGCUAGACAGGUCGCGACACCCAGCCCGCUUCGCUCUAUGAUGACGGCUUGA